AUCGUUCCCGCUUCUGGCUUUGCGGCCUUUUCCGCAGCAGGUCAGCUGAUUUUUGGGACCUCGGAGUUUUAGAUUCUUCCGUUUGAAUUUGAUCCUCCCAAUUCUCCAUCAUCAAAACCUCAAUGGAUCUUCUUCAGAACUAUGCAGAUCACAACGACAAUGAUUCGGACAACUCUGAUAACCACGGUCAACAAAACCCUAAUUCCUCACCAGAAUCCUCCCCGCCCCGCCUUAUUCCAGCCAAAUCUGCCGCCCCCAAGGUCGACGACACCAUGCUUGCGCUGACUGUCGCUCAAGCCAAUCAAACCUUUUCAAAACCCAUUGACCCCACUCACCACGUGGUCCCUUUCAACCCCACCUACGACCAGCUAUGGGCGCCUCUUUAUGGCCCGGCGCAUCCGUUCGCCAAGGACGGCAUUGCUCAAGGUAUGCGCAAUCACAAGCUGGGUUUCGUAGAAGACGCUUCUAUUGAGCCCUUCGUCUUUGAUGAGCAGUACAAUACUUUCUACAAGUACGGCUAUGCUGCCGACCCGUCAGCCUCUGCUGGGUAUAAUUAUGUUGGGGACUUGGAGGCACUGCAGAAGAAUGAUGGGAUUUCGGUCUACAACAUACCGCAGUCUGAACAGAAGAAGAGGAAGCUUGAAAAGAAGAAAGAAUCAGCGGACAAGGAAGAUGCAGAGGGAGAUGAUGUUGAUAUGAUCGAGGCUGAUAACCCAGCUACUGAUACGUGGUUAAUGAAGAAUAAGAAGAGCCCGUGGGCGGGUAAGAAGGAAGGAUUGCAAACCGAAUUAACCGAGGAGCAGAAGAAAUAUGCCGAAGAGUAUGCCAAGAAGAAGGGAGAAGAAAAGAGUGGAUUUGGAGGUGAGAAAGGAGAGGUUGUUAAAGAUAAGAGUACUUUUCACGGGAAGGAGGAAAGAGAUUACCAGGGUAGGUCUUGGAUUGCACCUCCUAAGGAUGCAAAGGCCAGUAAUGAUCAUUGUUAUAUUCCUAAAAGGCUUGUACAUACAUGGAGUGGGCACACCAAGGGAGUAUCUGCUAUACGUUUCUUCCCUAAGUAUGGGCAUUUGAUUCUGUCGGCAAGUAUGGAUACAAAGGUGAAGAUUUGGGACGUGUUCAAUUCCGGUAAAUGUAUGAGAACUUAUAUGGGCCAUUCCAAAGCAGUAAGGGACAUUUGUUUUAGUAAUGAUGGGAGUAAGUUUUUGAGUGCUGGUUAUGAUAAAAAUAUUAAGUAUUGGGAUACGGAGACUGGUCAAGUGAUAUCCACCUUCUCAACUGGGAAAAUCCCUUAUGUGGUCAAGCUUAAUCCUGAUGAGGAUAAGCAGAAUGUUUUGUUGGCUGGUAUGAGUGAUAAAAAGAUUGUCCAGUGGGAUAUGAAUACUGGGCAAAUAACGCAAGAGUACGAUCAGCAUUUGGGGGCUGUGAAUACCAUCACAUUUGUUGACAACAACAGGAGAUUUGUUACUUCCAGUGAUGACAAGUCUCUCCGAGUAUGGGAAUUUGGUAUUCCUGUGGUUAUUAAGUACAUCAGCGAACCACACAUGCACUCUAUGCCAUCCAUUUCACUCCAUCCCAACUCCAAUUGGCUAGCUGCACAAAGCCUGGAUAAUCAAAUACUCAUCUAUAGCACUAGGGAGAAGUUCCAACUUAACAAGAAGAAGAGGUUUGCUGGACACAUUGUUGCCGGAUAUGCAUGUCAGGUGAAUUUUUCCCCAGAUGGGCGCUUUGUCAUAUCUGGAGACGGGGAGGGCAAGUGCUGGUUCUGGGAUUGGAAGAGUUGCAAAGUAUUCAGAACUCUCAAGUGUCAUGAAGGUGUUUGCAUUGGAUGUGAGUGGCACCCGUUGGAACAAAGCAAGGUAGCAACGUGUGGCUGGGAUGGGUUGAUAAAAUACUGGGACUAGUUUCUUUUGGAAUCAGUUUGCAGAAGCAGAGCAGCUAGAAC